CGUGGGCCGUCAGGGCAGCCCUGAAGGGGCCCCCUCCCCACUCCGCUCGAGUAGAAGUGUGAGAGAGCCCAGCAGGACUCAGAGGGGAGAGUUGGAGGAAAAAAAAGGCAGAAAAGGGAAAGAAAGAGGAAGAGAGAGAGAGAGUGAGAGGAGCCGCUGAGCCCACCCCGAUGGCCGCGGACGAAGUUGCCGGAGGGGCGCGCAAAGCCACGAAAAGCAAACUUUUUGAGUUUCUGGUCCAUGGGGUGCGCCCCGGGAUGCCGUCUGGAGCCCGGAUGCCCCACCAGGGGGCGCCCAUGGGCCCCCCGGGCUCCCCGUACAUGGGCAGCCCCGCCGUGCGACCUGGCCUGGCCCCCGCGGGCAUGGAGCCCGCCCGCAAGCGAGCAGCGCCCCCGCCCGGCCAGAGCCAGGCCCAGAGCCAGGGCCAGCCGGUGCCCACCGCCCCCGCGAGGAGCCGCAGUGCCAAGAGAAGGAAGAUGGCUGACAAAAUCCUCCCUCAAAGGAUCCGGGAGCUGGUCCCUGAGUCCCAGGCUUACAUGGACCUCCUAGCGUUUGAGAGGAAACUGGAUCAAACCAUCAUGCGGAAGCGGGUGGACAUCCAGGAGGCUCUGAAGAGGCCAAUGAAGCAAAAGCGGAAGCUGCGUCUUUAUAUCUCCAAUACUUUUAACCCUGCGAAGCCUGAUGCUGAGGAUUCUGAUGGCAGCAUCGCCUCCUGGGAGCUGCGGGUGGAGGGGAAGCUCCUGGAUGACGUACGUCCUGGCCCAGGUCUCUCCAGGUGUCCUGGGCCCAGCAAACAGAAGCGGAAGUUCUCUUCCUUCUUCAAGAGUUUGGUCAUUGAGCUGGACAAAGACCUUUAUGGCCCUGACAACCACCUAGUUGAGUGGCACCGGACGCCCACAACCCAGGAGACAGAUGGGUUCCAGGUGAAGAGGCCAGGGGACCUGAGUGUGCGCUGCACACUGCUCCUCAUGCUGGAUUACCAGCCGCCCCAGUUCAAACUGGAUCCCCGCCUAGCCCGGCUGCUGGGGUUGCACACACAGAGCCGCUCAGCCAUCGUCCAGGCCCUGUGGCAGUAUGUGAAGACCAAUAGGCUGCAGGACUCACAUGACAAGGAAUACAUCAAUGGGGACAAAUAUUUCCAGCAGAUUUUUGAUUGUCCCCGGCUGAAGUUUUCUGAGAUUCCCCAGCGCCUCACAGCUCUGUUGUUGCCCCCUGACCCAAUUGUCAUCAACCAUGUCAUCAGCGUGGACCCGUCGGACCAGAAGAAGACAGCAUGCUAUGACAUUGAUGUGGAGGUAGAGGAGCCACUGAAGGGGCAGAUGAGCAGCUUCCUCCUGUCCACAGCCAAUCAGCAGGAGAUCAGCGCUCUGGACAGUAAGAUCCAUGAGACGAUUGAGUCCAUAAACCAGCUCAAGAUCCAGAGGGACUUCAUGCUAAGCUUCUCCAGAGACCCCAAAGGCUAUAUCCAAGACCUGCUCCGCUCCCAGAGCCGGGACCUCAAGGUGAUGACAGAUGUGGCAGGCAACCCCGAGGAGGAGCGCCGGGCUGAGUUCUACCAUCAGCCCUGGUCCCAGGAAGCCGUCAGCCGCUACUUCUACUGCAAGAUCCAGCAGCGCAGGCAGGAGCUGGAGCAGUCGCUGGUUGUGCGCAACACCUAGGAGCCCCUAUGGAUGAGCACCACUGUGGGCCUCUGGGCCCGCACCCUGUCCCCCAGGGCUCUGCUGUCACUCUUCUGACACCUUCUGGGUGAGGCGGGGGACUGGAUUAAAAGUCAUUCAUCUGAGA